CAAGAGACUUUGCCAAAGAGAGAGAAAGUGUUAUGGCUAAGAGGGCAGUGUUAAUAGGAUGCAACUACCCUGGCACAAAGGCUGAAUUGCGAGGGUGCAUCAACGAUGUGUGGAGAAUGCACAAGUGCCUCACCAACAUAUAUGGAUUCUCAGAAAAAGACAUCAUCGUCCUCAUUGACACCGAUCGUUCCUACACCCAACCCACUGGCAAGAACGUAAGAUUAGCCUUGUCAAAGUUGAUUCGGUCGGCAAAGUCCGGCGAUGUCCUCUUCGUCCAUUAUAGCGGCCAUGGCACACGCCUGCCCGCUGAGUUGGACGAGGAGGACACCACCGGUUAUGAUGAGUGUAUUGUUCCUACUGAUAUGAAUCUCAUCACAGAUGAUGAUUUCAGGCAAUUUGUAGACAAGGUCCCAAGGGGUUGCAAAAUCACAAUCGUUUCAGAUUGUUGCCACAGUGGUGGCCUCAUUGAAGCAACAAAGGAGCAAAUAGGAGACAGCACAAAUGAUCAUGAAGCACCCCAAAAUAAUUCACCUUCUCUAUUUCACUUCACAAACUUUCUCCACCGAAACAUGGAACAACAAGAUCAAGAACAAGAAGAAGACACCAUCGUGAAGAAUCGUUCUCUGCCUCUUUCCACUCUCACGGACAUACUCAAGGAGAAAAGUGGCAAAGAAGACAUAGAACCCGGGAAAAUGAGACACACCCUUUUCAACAUCUUUGGGGAAGAUGCAAGCCCCAGAGUGAAGAAGUUCAUGAAUUCAGUCAUAAGCAAACUCCAACAAGGAAGAAGUGGUGAGAGUGGGGGACACAGAAUAAUGGGGCUGGUGGGUGAUCUUGCACAACAUUUGUUUGAGCAAAAGCUAGAUGAGGAUGAUGAUCAUGAUCAUGAUCAUGAUCAUGAUCAUGAUCUUGAUCAUGAUGAUGAACGUGCAAAUGCAAAUGCAACACGUGGGGGGAGCAAGAAAGAGGAAAAUGCUGCAUUGAUCAAGCGCAACCUUUUGGAUUGUGGGAUUCUGUUGAGUGGUUGCCAGAGUGACCAAACUUCUGCUGAUGCGUGUCCUAAGGGGAAUUCUGAAACGGCUUAUGGGGCAUUCAGCAAUGUCAUACAGGGAAUAAUGGAAGAGAAUGAUGGGGCAGUCACGAAUCGAGAGCUUGUUUUGAAGGCUAGGGCUAUGCUUAAGAGGCAGGGUUUUUCUCAGAAGCCUGGACUGUAUUGCAGUGACAGUAAUGUUAAUGCUCCUUUUGUGUUGAACUGAGGGUUGCACUGUAAAAGUUUGUCUGGUGUUUGGAAGAUUUUUAGUGUGUUUAUUGAGAGUAUUAAAAACAUGUACUUUGUCUGUGAUUUCAAUGAAGAUCAGCAGGAUCUAAUAUGUUGAAUUAUUAUGAUGUGUUUCACUUUGUUUGAAUUAACUUGUUCACUGGU